AGAGAGAGAGAGAGCUACAACCCCCCUUGAGAAAUGCAUUCAGAUAAGGACUUGUGCUUUGCCCAGCAAUAAAUGACCCCCUCCUCUGUUUUGCAUUUCCUAAAAACAGUUCGACCUUUAAUGCCCCUUCAAGAAUCUCUCUUUUCCACUCUGUCAUUGAAAGUUCUUCCCUUUUUCUUAGUUCCAGGCCUUGGUGAAGAACAGAGGAACAGGGUUGUGACAAUGCAUGUUUGACUCUGACUUUGUCAUUUGCAUUCUCACAUUUUGUGGUGUUAAACAAGAAUUGGGCUUAAGUGGGUUUGGAGGCAUUGACUUGAAGACUUUGUGGGUCUUUUUCAAUUUUUUGUUGCCAGUGGUGCUGAGGUUUUGAAGAUUUGAGCUUUGCUUGGUUAUGGUUAUGGGGUUGCCUUUGGAGAUGCUUGGUGUCAAAGGCUUUGUAAUGGGUUGGUGACAGUGGACCUGUUUCAGUCUCUCUGUUCUUUACCUUCAACAUGAAGCCUAUUUGCUGUCUCUCAUGGGUUUGAACUAGUCCUUGUACUGAAACCUCAAAAGUGAACAUUAGAGCAGGAGGAGAAAUUUUGUAUUGAUUUGGAAAGUUGAGUUCACGGUUGCUUUUGGGAGAUAACCGACUAAAUGCAUGGAUCGGAGGGACCAUAUGGCAAUGUCGGGGUCAGCCUCUUAUUACACGCCUAGAUCAAUAACUGGGUCUGGAACACAGUCUGGGUUACUUGGAUCACCAGGCAUUCAUCCCUUAUCUAAUCCAAAUGCAGUAUUUCAGUCCAAUAUGGGGGCAGGUACUAUUGGAUCAACUUUACCAGUAGACCCCUCUUCAGCUAUUUCACCUCAUGGUGUCAAUGUGGUUGCACCGUCUGUGGCGCCACAAGGUGAAUCUUUGAAAAGGAAAAGAGGAAGACCUCGAAAAUAUGGACCUGAUGGGACUGUUUCAUUGGCAUUGUCUCCAUCGUCAUCCUCCAAUCCUGGGAUGGUAGUUUCAAGCCCAAAGCGAGGUAGAGGGCGACCACCAGGGUCUGGGAAGAAGCAACAAUUAGCGUCUCUUGGUGAAAUGCUGUCUGGUUCAGCUGGGAUGGGUUUCACUCCACAUAUUAUCACCAUUGCAAUGGGAGAGGACAUUGCAAAAAAAAUAAUGGCAUUUUCACAGCAAAGCCCGAGAGCUCUCUGCGUCUUAUCAGCCAAUGGUGCUGUCUCUACCGUGACUCUUCGUCAGCCCUCCACUUCUGGUGGCACAGUCACAUAUGAGGGACGGUUUGAGAUAAUUUGUCUAUCUGGCUCUUACUUGCUCACUGAAAGUGGUGGCUCCAGAAAUCGAACUGGUGGUCUUAGUGUCUCCCUUGCUAGUCCUGAUGGUCGUGUUGUUGGUGGUGGAGUAGGAGGAAUGCUUAUCGCAGCUGGUCCUGUACAGGUGAUAGUAGGUAGCUUCAUAUGGGGUGAUUCAAAGACAAAAAACAAGAAAAAAGAAGCUAUAGAAGGUGGCACAGGCUUCGACCAUCAGACAGUUGACAAUUCAGUCGCAUUUAAUAGCAUGCCACCCGAUCAACAGUUUACCCAAGGGUCACCAUUGGCAGUGUGGCCAUCACCUCGACCAUUGGAUAUGCGUAACAGUCAUGGUGACAUAGAUUUGAUGCGAGGAUGA